AUGAUUUUUCUAAUGGACCUCCAGAUGAUGUUGCUGGAUGUGAUUUACUUCAUCCUGCGCAACUCUGUGCGGGCGGUGCUGCGCCCGCGCACCAAGCCGGUCGAUGGGGAGCUGGUGCUGAUCACCGGUGCAGGAGGCGGCCUGGGUCGCCUGUUCGCUCAGGAGUUCACCAAGCAUGGGGCGGAGGUGGUGCUGUGGGACAUCAACAGCAGCUCCAACGAGCAGACAGCCAAGCUCGUGCGCGAGAUGGGGGGCACGGCGCACACCUACACGGUGGAUGUGACCAAGCGGGAGGAUGUGUACUGCAAAGCAGAGCUCGUGAGGAAGGACCUGGGCCGAGAUGUCACGAUACUGGUGAACAACGCUGGAGUGGUGGCCGGGGAGCGCAUGUUGGACUGUCCCGACGAACUGAUUGAGAAGACCAUGAAAGUCAACUGCCACGCCCUCUUCUGGACAGUGAAGGCCUUCCUCCCCCAGAUGAAGGUCCAGAAUCACGGUCACAUCGUCACCAUCGCCAGCGUCCUCGGCCUCUUCAGCACAUCUUGUGUCGAGGAUUACUGUGCCAGCAAGUUUGCUGCAGUGGGUUUCCACGAGUCUCUGGCCCACGAGCUUCUGGCAGAGGAUGUUGAAGGAGUGAAGACCACACUCGUGUGUCCCUAUAUUGUGGACACAGGCAUGUUUGAAGGCUGCAAGAUACGGGAGGAAGUGGAACUGGUGCUCCCCCCACUGGAUCCCCAGUACUGUGUGGAGCAGGCCAUGAACGCCAUCUUGAUAGAUCAACCACUGGUUUGCAUCCCCCGCCUCACCUACCUCCCCUUUCUCUCCAGAGCGUUGUUGCCGUGGGAAUCCAAUGUUGUCGUGUAUCGCUUCAUGGGCUCCGACAAGUGCAUGUACCCCUUCAUCGAUUUCAAGAAACAGGCGUCUAAUGGCUGCAUUAAGGUUGUCUAGUAACCUUAAGCCUUCAAAUGAAUAUGAACUAUUAUUUGAAAGGGUUUAUAGAGGGUUUAUUAUAUAUAAGUGAAAAACGUUACAGCCAGGAUUCAAUCACAAUUUGAGCCCAGUAAAAAUGACUCUCGAACUGAAGUGGCUUUAGAUUUUGUACUAGACGACAACUCUGCCAAGUUGUCAUCAGUAUGAAACAAUUUCUGUAAAGACAAAGUUUAAAGUCCCUACAAAACAGUGAUUAAAUCCUGGACUGAUCCAAAUGGGAACAGUCUUGAAUAUCUGAUAUUAAAUGAUUAUUGGUCUGUGUUACGUUUACAAUUCAAUAAAAUGAA